AACUUGGAGCUUUGGAAAUUUAGAGACUUGAAAAUUGCGAUGUUCACAUACUUGAUUCCCAAAAUCGAAUACAAGUAGUGGGAGGUUCUUUCCCCUACAAUCGUCCUUAACUAAAGGAAGCCUACGUUUACCUACGUUGCACUAGGGUGUACGUUAUACGUUUAUUAAAAAUUUCAUACCCUAUGGAUGUGCAUUGCAGUGCACUGUGCGCUUUUAAAAUCUUUACGGCUUGCAAAAAUUUUUAUGAAUAUAAUCAAUUUUGAUAUUUUUAAAUAACUCAAGGUUAAAAUAAAUAUAUACAAAAAUGUCACACUUGGAGUUAGAUCCUCAAUUUACGCAAAGUUUACACCUUUUGCAUUCCACUAAUAAAGAUUCUGCAGAACAACUACGAGCACUUUUAGAUGAAGCAAUUAAACAGAAAUAUGGGCCAUCAAAGAUGUUAUCAAAUGUAUUACAAAAAAAGUAUAUGAUGGAGGAACCAGUAUUAAGCGAUCACAGCAGCAACAGUAGUAGUAAAAAAAGUAAAAGCUCUUCUUCUUCCAAACAUUCGAGUAAAUCAAGUAAAAACAGUUCACCUGUGAAUUUGCCUACACGUGACACACCACCUGAUAUUAUACAAACCGAUAAUACUCUAGCAUUAGAAAUAUUAGAAGAUGAUCUUACAUGUGUAAUAUGUAAAGGAAUGGAUGUUGGAGCAAGAAACAGACUUGUUGAAUGUUUAGAAUGUCAUUCUUUGUAUCAUCAAGAAUGUCAUGUGCCACAUAUUUUAGAUUCACAAAUAGACAUUCCAGGAUUGGUGUGGUACUGUUCAAAUUGUUCUAAAUCUCAGGCCUCAAAAGAAAGGAGCUCACCAAAAACAGUGAUAGAAAGCAAAUCCAAAGAACAAAAGAAAUCUAACUCUGGUGGGGGAAAUAAAGUGACACCAAAUAUUCAUAUUAUAAGUGCAGACAGAAGAUUAAAAGAUAUGAUGAAGAAAGCUAAACAAGACAAACGAAAUACAAAUGCUACCCCCAAUGCAAAGAAUUCUUCAUCCAAUUCACCAUCAUUGUCUUCAACCAAAUCUCAGGAAAAAUCAUUACUGUACAAAAUUAAAUCAGGUGUAGAAUGAAAGUUUUAUCUAUACAAAUAUCAAAAUAUUAUCUUACAUUUA